AUGAAGGCGAAGGUGAAGAAGGGAUGGCUUGGCGUUCAUGUUGGAUUAGAGGAGGAUGGAGGGUUUCAGCGAUUUGUGAUUCCCAUAUCCUACCUUUACCAUCCACUUUUCAAGCUGCUUUUGGAGAAGGCUCAUGAGGUAUACGGCUACCACACGACGGCGCCUUUAAGGCUGCCAUGUUCCAUGGACGAUUUUCUUAAUCUCAAGUGGCGGAUAGAGAAAGAGUCCAACCAUCAUCUUCCUCUCACUUUGUCCUUCCACUCUUGUUGA